AUGACGAUAAUAACAAGUAAAGGCGAUGGAGAAUACCCACAGAAAGUUCCAUUCUGGACAUCAGCUCGACUCAGUCUGGCGGUACUAGCGUUUUUUGGGUUCCUGUUUCUUUAUGCCUUACGCAUCAACCUCAGCGUGGGCAUGGUUUGUAUGGUAAACAACACCGCAGUUAAAGAAAUCUCGCAAAAUGAAGUUUACCAAUAUUCAAACGCUACAAGCUCUGGCAAUGUCACCAAUCUUGAAAUAGACAACAUUGACGAGUGUCAAGUAAUGCAACAUUCCAACUCAUCUCGUGACAAAAAUGAAGGACAUUUUUUGUGGGAGAAGAAGACACAAGGACUGCUUCUUUCGUCUUUUUUCUAUGGUUACAUAUUGACGCAAAUACCCGGAGGAUGGUUGGCAGAGAGAUAUGGUGGUAAAUGGGUCUUUGGAUUCAGUAUGUUUUUGACUGCUGUUUGCACAUUAUUAACUCCAGUGUGUGCUAACUUUCAUUGGGGCUUGUUGUUUGUGCUGAGGUUUGUUGAAGGAUUGGGAGAGGGAACCAUUUUCCCAGCUAUGCAUGCUAUGUGGGCAGUGUGGUUACCGCCAUUGGAAAGAAGUAAACUCGCAGCCUUGGCAUGGGCAGGCACUCAAAUUGGUAAUGUGAUCACUCUGCCAGCAUCAGGUCUACUCUGUGUAUAUGGGUUUUCAGGAGGAUGGCCUUCAAUAUUUUAUAUCUUUGGUACAGCCACUCUAGUGUGGUUCUUGUUCUGGGCGUUCCUGGUAGCAGAUUCCCCGGCCAAGCAUAAACGCAUAUCAAAUGUAGAGAGAAUGUACAUUGAACGGACAUUAGCCGAGGAAAAAAGUGCACACAAGGAAGAGAAGCAACACCACGUACCCUGGUUUACAAUCUUCAAGUCUAUGCCAUUCUGGGCUAUAUUGGUGACUCACGUGUGUUGUAACUGGGGGACAUAUUCAUUGUUAACAUUCCUACCGACUUACAUGCGAGAAGUCUUAAAAUUUGACAUCAAACAAAAUGGUCUAUAUUCUGCUUUGCCUUACAUUGGUUUUUGGUUGUUCAUUAAUAUUGGUGGGCAUAUUGCUGAUUUCUUAAGAUCUCGGAAGAUACUCAGUACUGGGAAUACAAGAAAACUUAUGAACACAAUGGGUUCUGUAAUACCUGGAAUAUUCCUAGUUAUCACUGGUUAUAUGGAUUGUACCCAAGCAACCACUGCUGUCAUACUCCUUACCAUAGGUGUAUCAUUCUCAGGAUUCCAAUAUGGUGGUGGAUUUCUCGUCAACCAUGUUGAUAUUGCACCUAAAUACGCUGGUGUCUUAUUAGGUAUAACUAAUACUACCGCAACUAUUUCUGGAAUCUUGGCUCCAUACGUCAUUGGUACUAUUACCGUUAACCAAACUCAAGAGGAAUGGCAGAUAGUUUUCUACAUUGCCGCUUGUAUCUAUACAUUUGGGGCCGUCUUCUUCAUUAUCUUUGGUAAAGGCGAGGUCCAGGAUUGGGCAAAAGAGGAGCCAGACCAAGAAGAUCCAGACCUGGCCAGGAAAUUGAUGUCUAUCAACGGUUCCGAUAAAACAGAACAAAAAGAAUUUGAAACUCACAUUUAG